GAAAAUAAGAGAAAAGAAAAAGAACCAAAAUAGUUUUGGUAACGCUGUUUGGUUUGGUAAUUGUGGAAGUUUGAGUGAAGGAACCUUCAACCUUCAAUCGCACAAUGCUUGCUAAUUUGUUCGGAGUGAAAUUUUUUGCUUGCUUGAUAAGGUUCCAUCAUCAUUUGUAAAAUGCCGUUUUGUGAGCAGGGAAAAAGAAAAGAAACGAAAAGAAAAGAAAAUAAAAAUCAUCGUGUACAUGAAGACUGCCAACCACCUUGAGCUUCUUUCUUCACGGUCACGCAAGGCGUCCUUCAAGUUCUCAGUGAGCACCGCUUGACCUGCGUCCUCUCACCUUCAACGAGAAAAUGGCCGAAGAGAAGGAGUCGACUUCCAUCCCUCUCAGUCAAGGCAAUGGCGGUGGCGGCGAAGAUCCCGAAGAUCCUGCCAAGUCUCCUCCCAACUCCCCCAAUUCCUCCACUCGCAAGGCUUGCUGCUACUUUCUCCAGAGUUGGGUGUCAAAGAAGUUCAUGACUGGAUGUGUGGUUCUUUUCCCUGUUGCAGUUACCUUUUUUGUUACUUGGUGGUUUAUUCAAUUCGUUGAUGGUUUCUUCAGUCCACUAUAUGCCCGGCUUGGCGUUGACAUAUUUGGGCUUGGAUUUGUCACAUCACUACUAUUUGUAUUCUUUGUUGGUGUUUUUGUUUCUUCGUGGAUGGGUGCCACCAUUUUCUGGCUCGGAGAAUGGAUUAUAAAGAGGAUGCCAUUUGUUAAGCAUAUAUACUCGGCAUCCAAACAAAUUAGUUCAGCAAUUUCUCCAGACCAAAAUACCAGUGCUUUUAAAGAGGUUGCAAUUAUCCGUCAUCCACGUAUUGGUGAAUAUGCAUUUGGUUUCAUCACAUCAUCCGUUAUCCUUCAGAGAGAUCAUGAAGAUGAAGAGUUAUGUAGUGUUUUUGUCCCAACAAAUCAUCUAUAUAUUGGUGAUAUACUUCUGGUCAACUCCAAGGAAAUAAUAAGACCAAAUCUGUCUAUCCGAGAAGGCAUUGAGAUAAUCGUCUCCGGGGGCAUGACAAUGCCACAAAUUAUCUCUCCCCUGGAAAGGGCAUCUCGUCAGAGUGAGAGAAUUCCUUUGAACAGAAUAGGAUAAUGGGUUUGAGGAAGAGGCGUAUAAAGCAACUGUGUAACUAUUAUGUCCAUGUAGAAUAGGUCAUGCUGGAUGAAAAAGGGUGGCUGAUAGAUGGUCAUACUGGGGAACCAUUUCCCAACUAAUUCUGUAAUUGCUGUCCUCUGGAUAAUAAGUGUGAUCACUAAUGUAUAGUAUUCUAUUUCCACUUUGAAACGUAUAAGAAAAUGCUGAGAAUUAAAUA